CCCCAUAAGUGUAACUAUUGUGACAUGGUUUUUGCACAUAAGCCAGUUUUGAGGAAACACCUUAAACAGCUGCAUGGCAAAAACAGCUUUGAUAAUGCCAAUGAAAGAAAUGUGCAAGACCUCACAGUGGAUUUUGAUUCUUUUGCAUGUACAACAGUCACAGACUCUAAAGGGUGUCAGCCACAGCCUGAUGCAACACAGGUCCUGGAUGCAGAUUGUGACCAUGGCUGCUGAGUCUGAUGUUCUGCACUUCCAGUUUGAACAGCAAGGAGAUGUAGUCUUGCAGAAAAUGAAUCUCUUAAGACAGCAGAAUUUAUUUUGUGAUGUGUCGAUUUAUAUCAACGACACAGAAUUCCAGGGGCACAAGGUGAUUUUAGCUGCUUGCUCCACUUUCAUGAGAGAUCAGUUUCUACUCACACAGUCGAAACAUGUCAGAAUCACCAUCUUGCAGAGUGCAGAAGUUGGCAGGAAAUUGUUGCUGUCUUGCUAUACCGGAGCACUCGAAGUAAAAAGGAAAGAGCUUUUGAAAUAUUUGACUGCUGCUAGUUACCUUCAGAUGGUUCACAUUGUGGAAAAGUGCACAGAAGCUUUGUCAAAGUAUCUGGAGAUUGAUCUUUCUAUGAAAAACAAUCAACAUACCGACCUCUGUCAAUCCUCUGAUCUUGAUGUUAAGAAUGAAGAAGAAAAUUCAGAGAAAGACUGUGAGAUAAUAGAAAUUUCAGAAGACCGUCCUGGAAACACAGAUCUCCACGUUAAAGAAGAGGAAAGCAGUGCUUUGCAGUCGACAGUGGAGAGCUUGACAUCAGAGCGAAAGGAGAUGAAGUCACCAGAGCUGUCAUCUGUAGAUAUAGGUUUUAAAGACAAUGAAAUUUGUAUCCUGCAUGUGGAGUCUAUCAGUACUGCUGGUGUAGAAAAUGGACAGUUUUCACAGCCUUGUUCCUCUUCCAAAGCCAGCAUGUAUUUUUCUGAAACACAGCAUUCACUGAUCAACUCCACGGUCGAGAGCAGAAUGGCAGAAGUUCCGGGGACUCAAGACCAGAGUUUGUUUUGUGAAAACACUGAAGGAGGUCACGGAGCUGUGGAUGAACUUCAGAAUCUGGAGGAUGCGUAUUCACUCAGGCACCAAUGCCCCAGGUGUCCUCGAGGGUUUCUGCACGUGGAAAACUACCUGCGCCACCUGAAGAUGCAUAAAUUGUUCUUGUGCUUACAGUGCGGAAAAACAUUUACACAGAAGAAAAACCUCAACCGGCACAUUCGUGGGCACAUGGGAAUCCGGCCUUUUCAGUGUUCUGUGUGCUUGAAGACAUUUACUGCUAAAAGCACACUUCAGGACCACUUAAACAUACACAGCGGGGAUCGACCCUACAAAUGCCACUGCUGUGACAUGGAUUUCAAGCACAAGUCUGCACUCAAAAAGCACUUAACCUCUGUCCAUGGCAGAAGUAGUGCUGAAAAACUACCACGGCAUGAUCUCAAGAGGCAAAACCUAUUAUAAUCAGAAUCACACCUUGUGGUGUAAGCCUUCUAUCAUCCUAUUAGGCAAAUCUUUCUAUAGAAAUGCAGCAUUUGUAAUAUUGCAUUUCCCCACAUCCUCCAGCUUUGGGUCUUACUUUUGGUAUACCUACAAAUUAUUCUUUCUGAACGUCUACUUCCAGUUCCAAAGCUGGGGGACACAUAGAUGGGAUUCUGUCUCAUUCCCUGCAUCAUAUGUAAGUCCCAGUGGUAUACCUAGAGAAAUAAUGUUCCUCUCCUAAAUACUCUUGAAUCUAGUGAAAGAGGAUCAAGCAGUGUUUCCAGAAUCUGACUUGAGUCUAGAUUGAUGGAAGUGUGAAAUCUAACCAUAUCAGAAUUAGUGAAUCAGGAUAAUGAGAAGAGAAAAUAAAAUUUAAAACAUUGUUGGCCGUUAUUAGUCUCUUUCGGAAAAGACAGUCUAGUAAAAAUUGUUUUUAACUGCUGUUGGAUUCCAAAGCAAACAUCAUGGUACCAGUUGUUUUGAACUGCUGAGGAACACAGUUCAAAUUUCACUCUGGAGUUUUCUCAUCCAUAGGCCAAUAUUCCUUAAAAAUUUCAUGUGUUGUUAGCAAAUGUAUUUUGUAAAUGAUUGAUUGGACCCACAUUUCUUGAUUUUAUUUAAUACAAUUGUAUUUAACAACUUUGUGGCCAAUAAAAUUAUAUCAUUGGCAUAAAGCUCUGAAAAUGACUUCUUAUGAAUACCAAUUUUACCAAAGAUUUUUGUCAUACUGUUUUCUUUUUAAAAAUUACUUUACAUUUUAGUUAAUACCUAGUAAAAUUGGCCUUGUUUGGAUGUACAGUUCUAUGAAUGUUAAUUCAUAUGUAGAUUUAUGCAGCCACCACUACAGUCAAGAUAGAGAACAUUCCAUCACCUUCUAAAACUAAAACUCCUCUACAGUCCCCCUUUGUAGUCAACUCCCCCUAACUUAAACCCUGGCAAGAAUUCUUUGUUGCUAUAGUCUAGGCUCUUGUGGACUAUCUUAAGUAGAAUGUUAAAUAGUGUGCUCCCUCUUGAGAACCUUAUUUUCUCCCAGUAUAAUGCCUUUGGAACUUAGUAGUAUUGUGUGUAUCAGUUCAUUCCCUUUUUAAUUUUGAAUGGGCAAUAUAUAUUAUAUUGAUUUUCUUGUCUCUUGAACAAUUUAAAGUAUGGGUACUUAGUAGCUUUUUCUCAAUUAUUAAGAACUUUUUUCAUCUCUACUAAUGCAACUUUCAUCUACUACCUGUUAACAAAAAUCCUAGCCUACCCCUGGAGUUACAUGCUGUAUUUCCCAAAAUGUGCCAAAAGCAAAACCAUGAUUGAUGGUUAUAUUAACAGGAGUACUGUUUUGUAUUGUGUUAUGAGCCAUGGCUUGCUGAUGUCUCUGUCUACAUAUAAAACAGAACUUUGGUUGUUGUCGUAACAGAGACUGUUAUUUAUUGCAGGGCAAAUCAUAUUCUCCGAACGCAGAAAAGAAGCCAGCCUGGAUGCAUCUUACUGUCAAGAUACUCUGUGUUUCCUCUACUCACCUCUAUGUAGAAUUCCUGCUGUUUGUUUCUCUUGCAGCAUUUCCCAGUUUUCAAAUAUAAUAGACUUUGUACCAUUUAUAAGAAUUUUGUGAUGAAUUACACAUUGAUUGUUAUAAAUGUUAAAUAUUCUUUUUGUGAUGCUUUUGUGAACAAUAUAGUCUCCAUAGAAUUUUAACUCUGGGAGAUGUUUUAAAGAAUCAGCUCUCAUAUUUGACAAGAAAAAUGACUUCAUGACCCCAGUUAGUGAUAGUGGGCAGGUCAUCUCUCCUUGAGCUUUUCAUAAAUUUAUAUUUAAAAUCAAAACUUUGAUCUUGACAAUUUGUAAAUUCAUUAAUUCUAUGAUUUUAUAGUCAGAUCUUCCUGAAGUUCCUAAGAACAGAGAGGGAAGAGCAAGAGAGGAGAAUUUUGUAUCUUUAUGAAUGUUGCUAUUGAGUGCUCCCUUAGAGAAAAAUUUUUUCUAAAGUAAAUAGUGUUUUUAUUCCAAUGGAGAAAGUGCUAACCCAGCAUUUAAUUUUCUGUUCCAUUGGACCUGUGAUUAGCCAUUUGCAGGCAUGCAAAUAUUCCCCUUUCAGAAAUAGUUUGUGAUUGAAGUAUUUAUUUUUGCUUGCUAGGAUGAAAGUUUGUCGAGAGUGGGUGGGGAGGGGAUGGG